UCGAGCAUUGUUAUCGAACGACUGAAGCGAGCAGCUGAGCAAGACCAGGGCCACGCGCUCUGCUCCGAAAUGUUGUAUUGGUUCGACAGAUGAUCGCGUAAAGAGAGAAAACCGAGAGAAGACGGGAGGAGGAUCUUUCAAGGAAAGGAUAAAAUUUCCAACGGUUUCCAAAAAUACUCGGGUCUGUUUAUUCCUGAAACGGUAUAAAAGAUGCCGAAAAAGUUCGUUGGGGAGAACAGCAAGGCUGUGGCAGCCAGGGCGCGAAAAGCGGCAGUAAAGGAAGCCGAGGCCUCGAAGAAGGUCCAGGAGGCCGAAGACAAGGCGUGGCAGGACGACGAUAAGCAGUUACAGAAGAAGAAGCAGAAACAGGAAGAAAUGGAAAAGAAGCGGCUGCAGCAGUUGGAGAAAAAAGCCGAGGCGAAGGCGCUCCUCGAAAAGGAAAUGUCCAGCAUUAAGGUGGGCGGAAAACAGCCAGCGGCGAAGUUGACGCGGGCGGAAAUUCAGGCGGAAACUGAGAGGCGGAACCAGGUCGCCCAGAAGAAGAAGACCGAAGAUGAGGAGAGACCGAUAGAAGAAAACAUCAACCGAAUCGUUCUCGAGGGCGAAACGGCCCACGGAAUAGACGAGGCGCUAUCGGUUCUCAGCACGAAGGAAUCUGAGGUCGAUCGGCACCCUGAAAAACGGCUGAAGGCUGCUUACACCGCGUUCGAGGAGCGAAUGAUGCCGCUGAUCAAAGAGCAGAAUCCGACACUGCGGCUCAGCCAGCUGAAGCAGAUAUUAAGGAAGGAGUGGAUGAAGUCGCCGGACAACCCGCUCAACCAGAGAAUUCAAAAUCGCUGAGUCGAUAUCGUGGUUGAAACGAUUUGUCGAGGGAAGGGUGCGGGCGAAAGUAUUUUAGCUGGUAACGCGGAUUGGCGAGACCGUUUCGUGUUUGACCUCCUAUAACGCGAUCUAUGUACCUGCACGUCGAUACGCAGAAUUGUCACUGGUAAAUGAAAAAAGUGCGAAACAAACACAAACGGAGAGACGUUCUUGUUGUGUAAAUCGAUUAAUAAAUUAUGCUUUUUUGAAAAAAAUAAUAAUAAUAUCGAAUUAUACAGCGGAAAAAUGCACUUGAAUUACAUACUAUACACGUAUACAACAUAUCGUAGAAAUGAUCUUUGGUACAUGACUCGUUACAUAGCGCAGUAGCAGAUAUAGCCUCUGAUAAAGUAAUUUUUAUCAACAAUAUACUAUAUAACAACGAAAACGACAAUAACAAUAACGUUGAACGGCGUUUUUCGACCUUCUACAACGAUCGUCGAGUCACCUUUUCUUUACAAUUAAAUUUACUCAGGUAUAUAUUCGCCUAGCUUUGGUUAACCAGAGGCUCGAUGCAGACUUUAAGGUUUCACUAUCGUACACUCGGUU